CAAAAGUUCAAUUUACACAUUCAUAUUCAUCAGAUUGUUAGAUCUGUAGUAUAUCGUAGCGCGUGAAGCACACAUCACGUUCCCAGCGUCAUCGGAAAACCAAUUUAAGGGCCACUUCCUACGCCCACUAUGACUCAUACACCUAACCGGUUCUAACGGAAAGAAGAAAGGAAACGAACCUUAAUCCUCUAAAACCCCUGUUUUCCUCCGUUCUAUUUUUCACAAAUUCAAUCCAAACUUGCCACUUUUCCAUCACCAAAUCCUUCUUUAGGUUGUUCCGCCCAGCGAAUUUUGUUUGUUAUGGCUGAUGUGGCCAUGGCCGAUCCGUCAAAGGGGCCGGCGGCGGGCGAGGUGCCGGCCGGUGAUGGAUUCGACGGCCUCUCGAUUCCUCCGAUGGACCCUUCCUUUUUAUCACAUGAUAUGAGUCUUCCCGGUUCAAACGGGAACAGCUUUGAUCCCUUUGGCAACGAUGAGGGUGACAUCGUGUUGGAAGACUUUGAUUUUGACUUGGACUUCAAUUUGGAAGAUAUCUUGCCGGCUUCGAUUGAGCAGCCUCUGCCUGACCCGGCCCAAUUCGACGACGACUGUUUUCUUCUGAAUGGAUCCAACCCGAAUUUGGCCCAGUUCCAGCCGGAUCGCAGCUUGGGUGAUGUUUCCAGGGCUUUUAAGAAGACGUCGGCUGAGUUCCCUCAUAAUCUCUGCGGUGAUGGGGUGGUGACGGAUUCAUCGUCGCCGUCGUCGGAACCCGAGGUUUGUCAGUUAUCCGGCGAGAGGACCCCGGAGAUGAAUCAGAUUCUCGGUGAUCGAGGACAGGAUGUUUCUGCAUACCUGAAUGUAUCCUCGCCGGAGUCAAAUGGGUCAAAAGGGUCUAAUGAUAUGAAGGUUUUGAGCUGCCCUUCCCCGGAGUCUCAGGGUUCUGGCAAUUGUCAUUCCAAUGUUUCUGAGGACUCGAAUAAAUCGGUGAGUUCUUCCCCUAAUUUUUCUUUGAAGACUGGAGUUGCCAAUUCUAAAAUUAAGGUAGAAGGGUCGAAUAAUGGCAUGUUUAAGGGCAACUUGUUGAAAAGGAAAAAAGAAAGCGAUGAGUCUAGCAAUAUUGAGGCUAAAACAAAUAAGUUAUGUAAUUCCACCAGUUCUGGUUGUAAUGAGGUGAACAGUGAUAAUAACAAUACUGUUUUAAGUGAAGAGGAAGAGAAGAAAAGGGCUAGGUUAAUGAGGAAUAGAGAGAGUGCUCAAUUAUCUAGGCAGAGGAAGAAGCAUUAUGUGGAGGAAUUGGAAGAUAAGGUCAAAAGCAUGCAUUCUACCAUUCAAGAUUUGAAUGCAAAGAUUACCUAUUUUAUGGCUGAAAAUGCCACCUUAAGGCAGCAGAUGGGUGGCGCAGGGGCUGCUCCACCUCCCGUGGCAGGAGCUCCUCCGCCUGGCAUGUACAUGCAUCCACCACCAAUGAUGUAUCCAUGGAUGCCGGUUCCACCAUAUAUGGUGAAGCCGCAGGGGUCACAGGUGCCAUUGGUUCCCAUUCCAAGGUUGAAACCACAGCAAACUGCUUCAGCCCCUAAAGUGAAUAAGAAGGCGGAGAGCAGGAAGAGUGAGGGGAAAACUAAGAAGGUGGCAAGUGUUAGCUUCUUGGGAUUGUUGUUCUUCAUGUUGCUUUUUGGUGGAUUGGUUCCUAUGGUGAACGUGAGGUUUGGAGGUUUUAGUAACACAUUCACUGGUGGUCCAAGUCAUGUUGAGGACCGGUUUUAUGAGAAACACCACGGUAGAGUAUUGACGGCAAAUGGGAAUAGAAGUGGUAGUGAUAAUGGCGAAAAAUUUGGCGGAACUGGGAAGGAGAGUAGUAAUAGUAGUGAGCCUCUUGUGGCCUCUCUGUAUGUUCCAAGAAAUGAUAGGAUGGUGAAGAUAGAUGGAAACCUAAUAAUACAUUCAGUUCUGGCUAGUGAGAAAGCCAUGGCAUCUCAGAAAGAUCCAAAACAUAAGGCCGGUAGUGAUACUAGCCUAGCAGUUUCUACUGAGUUGGCUCCCGUCAUUUCAGUUGCAGGUGGAAGAUCCCCCCACCAUUAUAGAAAUCCACAUGAACACCAAAGGGCUCUUGGCUCGACUUCUGUGGGGAAUGAAAAUUUAAAGUCACCAGCAACUGAUGGUAGACUUCAGCAGUGGUUCCGCGAAGGCCUAGCUGGUCCUAUGUUAAGUUCAGGGAUGUGCUCUGAGGUUUUCCAGUUUGACAUAUCUGCAGCUUCUGGCCCAGGAGCCAUCAUUCCAGUUCCAGCUAGGGCUACCUCAGCGAGCAACAUCACUGAGGAGCAAAAUCACAAUUCUACCCACACUAGGAAAGAAAAGAACAGGAGGAUUCUCCGUGGUCUUCCUGUUACCCUUCCUGGAUCUUCUCACAACAUAACCGAGAAUGGGAGUAGGAGUUCUCAAAAAGAGAAUUUCAACAGAAACAAUUCUCUCUCUCCCAUGGUUGUUUCUGUGCUUGUAGAUCCUAGAGAGGUAGGUGAUGCUGAUGUCGAUGGUGUAUUGGGGGCAAAGUCACUCUCACGGAUAUUUGUCGUGGUGCUGAUAGACAGUGUCAAGUAUGUCACUUACUCAUGUAUGCUCCCAUUUAUGGGAGCAAGUCCCCAUCUUGUUACUACUUAAUGAUGCAUGUAGAAUUCGCACUUUUAAGUAGAAUCGUAGUCACAUAUAUGUAGCAGUUUUUGUAGAUAGGGAUGAAGAGUUAUUUAGUCCUACUAGCAACUAUGACAAACUCUACAAUAAAGUAGACUAACUUAUCAAUGUAGGCAGUGUCGACUUGCAAUGUUGUAUUACCAGCUAUCAAUAUACAUGCAGUUAUUCGAAUAUGGCAGCUUUUUGUGGCAAUCUAUCUUCAAUUAAUGUAUACUACAACUGUUGUAGUUCCUACAUAUGAUUUACAAGAACAGUUGAAUAAUUGGUUAACACACUUGAAAGUUUGUAAUCUCUAAGACAACAGCAAGGUAAACUGGAGAUCACCCCUCCUAAAAUUCAAUCUCUCCUCAAGAAAUUGCAAAGAAGAUGAAGACGAUAUAUCUUCUGCUAAAUGAUGAGCAGGAUGCACACGGAAAAAUCUGGAGCAGAAGUCGAAAUAGGUGCCGUACUGUCAAAAUUGGACAGCAGCGACAGAGGCUUAGAAUCACAAAUCCAAGGGAAACACGUAUGAGUGAAGAACCAUGGAAGAAAUUCUGGAGGAUCAAAGUUUUAAACAAAACUGCAAUGAGUUGAAGAGGAGUGGCAGUUCAGGAACAAUGCCAAAGGCAAGCCUUAUGGGGCCUUCAAGAAGCGCAUAGACUGAGAAUCAAGAACUGUCAAAUUCGAACCGACAAUUCCGUGGUAGCAGCACUACUGAGCAAGGACACCAUCUUACCCUUUCAACUGCAGGGUCUGGAACUGGAAGAAGAGAGCUGACAUUUAGUUGAAUGAGAUGGGAAGUUUUUUUCGUUUUGAAAGGUGACAAUAGCAUUGUAGAACACGUACAGGUUUUACCACCACCCUUCAGGAGGAAUGCAUCCGAAUUUCCCAUAGCUUCAAUAAAAUGAAAUUCAUAUUUCAUCGAGAAGGGAAGAAAAGGAAGAAAACAAAACAGGUAAUCAAAAGUACAUUUUCUUUAAAUAAUUGAGAUAGUUAUCGAGGGUACAUAGUUCUCCGACCGUGAUUGAGAAAAAGAAGAAUAAAUCUGUGAUAAAAUCAUGACUAAAUUAGCACACCAUAGAGAGAAGUUGAUCAUUCCACAUUGAUGAUCAGGAGGAACUCAGAACUUGGAUGCAAUAAGGUUCACAGUGUUCUGGUCGACUUGAAACGCUUUCGCCAAAACACCACUGUCAAUACUCGACCCGAAGAGUGAACUUGCAAUUGACACAAGCCCUGGAUUCUGGCUGCUCAGAGCAGCAAUCGCCACGGCAUUACAAGAACCGACAUUGCGCUGGUAAUGAACAAGCCCGAUGGGAAACACGAAAACAUCACCCUUCUGCAAGACCUUGACGAAAAGCUUGUUGUCAGGGGAUGUAGUUAUGAAGCCAACUUCAAUAGUGCCUUCAAGAACAGUGAGGAUUUCACUGGCUCUGGGGUGAGAAUGUGGAGAGUUGAUUCCUCCUUCUGCAAAAUCAAACCGAGCCAGGGAAAUUCCCAUAGUGUUGAGCCCAGGUAACUGAGCUCCAAAUACUGGGGUGACCUUGAAACCGAAUGGAUUCGAAGUGUUCCCUGGAAUAUGGAGACCUUUGAACAAGAAAUCAUUGACAUGAACUCUGCUAGCAUCCUUGCAUGUCAGCCCAUUUACGGUUACUGAAGGAAAAGUGCACCAAAAAACAUAAAAGGAUGAUCAGUUUAAAGUAGUUUAUUAAUCCCUCUGUUCCACAAAUCAGUUCACAAACUGUGAUGUGGACUAUUUUUCUAGGACGGGAAAAUAACUAGUUUUAUCUAAACAGUGAUGCGAAAACACACUAACACGACGCGAAUGCUAAGUAUACCUGGGCUGGUAGCUUUGGCAACGCAGAAAUCCUGCAAUGCUUUUGGAUCAGAUGCAUAAGCAGGAUAAGAAAAACUCAGAGCAAUCAGAACCAUUGCCAAAACAGUACUGUUUUUCGCCAUCGAAAAUUCGGAACUGCUACUGAAGCUUAAGAGCCAAAUAUGAUGUAUUGACAGUAAUGCUACUGUUGGAGUUCUUAAGUGAUGAUGGAGUGAUAUGAAGCAGUUUAGUUAGGCUUCUUACUUACAUACUCUGAUUUGCAAGAAAUUGUCAACCAAAAUCCCUAAUUCCAGACAAGAAAUUAGCUAGCAAAGUUAUCUUUACAGGAUGAUGUGUUUGGUUUUUGUGACUUGCCAGUCUUUCAAGGAAAUGCAUAUAGUUUUUCAACUAAUGGUCAGCCGGCUGUAUGUUUAUGGGAAUAUGUCAAAUUCAAACACGCAAAGGCCAGGAAUGAAUAUUUUAGAGCGCUUAGUCUACAAACAAAUGGCACACACGAGGAAAACGGUAAGAAUUACUAUUAUAUAUUCAACAUGUUAAUUAUAGUACACGGAGAAUUAACCACCGUAAUAUCGUAUUACUAUUCCAAAUUAUAGACCAACGGGCUUUUUUUAGUAGAAAUAUAUCAAAUUUAUUGGAAAUCAACCAAUUCUAAAUGAUACAAAAAACUUGGCUACGAAAUCUAAGUCAUAUUUCUUUUGACAUAAGGUCACAUAGGCAACCAACGAGCUUCUUAUUUUUCUGAUUUUCGCAGACCUAUCAUGAAAAUUUGUAAAACUACCUUCAAUAAUUUUUUUCUUCUUAUUUUUGCCAGUUAAUCACAGGGUUAGAGAUCUUCUAAGUGAUACUCCCUCUGUCUCAAAAUUAUUGUCCAGUUUGGAAUUUCACUUUUAGUACAAUUUGAACUAGAAAUGAAAAUUUAAACUGAACAAUAAUUAUGAGACGGAUGAGUAU